CUCAACUUCGCAGUGUUGCGUCUUCGCACAUCAGGAGCUGCUGCACAGAUUUUUGCUUUGCUGUGAUGACCGCGCAAAGUGAAAACACAGCACUUGUAUAGCAGCCUUUUAGAUUUGUUUUUUUGAUAUAUAUCAUACUUAUUACUUAAUUUAUUGCCGCAAUGCACGGCCUCGCUUGCUUCCCGGCCGCCCCGCUCCUCUUGCUCCUGUCCUGCUGCAUUCCUGCCCGGGGAUAUUUUGCGGAGGAGCGCUGGAGCCCCGAGUCUCCGCUCCUCGCUCCCCGGGUCCUCCUCGCCCUCGUCUGCAGAAACUCCGAGCACUCUUUGCCGUAUUUCCUCGGUACCAUUGAGCGCCUCAACUAUCCCAAGGACCGUAUGGCUCUGUGGGUAGCAACUGAUCAUAACAAGGACAACACUACAUCCAUUCUGCGCGACUGGCUUGUCAAGGUGCAAAACUUUUACCAUUAUGUGGAGUGGAGGCCAAAAGAGGAACCCAGCCAUUAUAAGGAUGAAGACGGUCCAAAGGAGUGGACAGACCUCCGUUAUGAGCAUGUUAUGAAACUUCGGCAAGUGGCGCUGGAGUCUGCUCGUGAGAUGUGGGCGGACUACUUUAUGGUGGUGGACUGUGAUAACCUCCUCACCAAUCCCGAUGUUCUCUGGAAGCUCAUGAAAGAGAAUAAAACCAUCAUUGCUCCAAUGCUUGAAUCCCGCGCGGCUUAUUCAAACUUCUGGUGUGGAAUGACCUCCCAGGGUUAUUAUAAGCGCACCCCUGCCUACAUACCAAUAAGGAAGCAGGUGCGGAAGGGCUGUUUUGCAGUUCCCAUGGUUCACUCCACCUUCCUCAUAGACCUCAGGAAGGAGGCGUCCAGGCAGCUAGCAUUUCAUCCGCCACACCCAGAAUACAGCUGGGCUUUUGAUGACAUCAUUGUGUUUGCCUACUCUGCUCGGAUGGCAGACAUCCAAAUGUUUGUUUGUAAUAAGGAGACCUAUGGUUACCUUCCUGUGCCACUGCGAUCUCACAAUACUUUACAAGAUGAAGCUGACAGCUUCUUGCACACCACGCUGGAGGUCAAUGUGCGAAAUCGCCCAGUGAUGCCUUCCAAAUACAUUCGUGUUCCUAGAAAACAACCUGACAAACUGGGCUUCGAUGAGGUGUUUAUGAUAAACCUGAAGAGGCGAACUGACCGCAGAGAACGUAUGCUCAGGUCGUUAUAUGAGCAGGAGAUUGCUUGUAAGGUCAUUGCAGCUGUCGAUGGAAAAGCGAUGAAUAUCAGUGAAGUUCAUGCUCUGGGCAUCCACAUGCUCCCUGGGUACAGUGACCCUUAUCAUGGUCGACCACUGACAAAGGGAGAGCUGGGAUGCUUCCUUUCCCACUACAACAUCUGGAAGGAGAUUGUGGAGCGACGACUGCAAACCUCCCUGGUGAUUGAAGAUGACCUGCGCUUCGAGGUCUUCUUCAAACGUCGCUUGAUGAACUUGAUGAGUGAGCUGAAGGAUGAAGGACUGGACUGGGAUCUCAUUUAUAUUGGCCGAAAGAGAAUGCAAGUGGAUCGUCCGGAGAAAGCAGUGCCUAAUAUACACAACCUGGUGGAAGCAGACUAUUCAUAUUGGACACUAGGUUAUAUGAUAUCACUGCAAGGUGCAGAGAAGCUUUUGAAAGCAGACCCACUAAAGAGGAUUUUGCCAGUGGAUGAGUUUCUUCCUAUCAUGUACAAUAAACACCCUGUGUCGGAUUAUAUGGAACAGUUUGAAACCAGGGACCUGAAGGCAUUUUCAGCCGAGCCUCUUCUAGUGUAUCCAACACACUACACGGGCGACAAAGGAUACAUCAGUGACACUGAGACCUCCACAGUGUGGGACAAUGACAAGGUCCGUACAGACUGGGACAGAGCACGCUCAGGAAAAACCCAUGAGCAGGCUGAGAUCAGCACUGAGGCUCAGAAUUCAGAUGUGCUCCAGUCGCCUUUGGACAGUACGGCACGGGACGAGCUAUGAGAGGAACUAAAUAAGAUCCUUGAAUUUAGAGCUGCAAAUAGGACAAACCCCCUUACUUCCAUAAUCAUGUUUCAUCUUUGAUACUUUAGAUUUAGCAUUGCAGCAGGGGAUGUGACAUCAGAGUUUGCAGAGAGAUUUAAUUUAUCCAGGUGUGAAAAGUUGAAAAGGGAUCAGGUGUGUCAUAUGAUUUCUUUCAUGUCAUUUGUAGUUUUCACUUUAUGAAGGCACUAGACUUGCCAUGUGGAAUGGCAUUUGCAGUACCCAAGUUCUGUCUGUCAUACAGAAAUGAACCUAUAGAUUAGUAAAGAAUACAACUGGAUUGUUACAUUUCUGUCAUUGGGCAGUGCUAAUUUGGGAUUACACUGUGUAAUGCUUUUUUUUUCAUACAUUUCUCAAGACUGCAAAUGAAUGAGGCUAUAACCAUACUGUAUGCCACUCAGCAAAAUCAAGACUUUCCCAGACACUCACAUCCUAAAUCAGCUAGCAGUCAUUCUAAAUUCAUUGGUCUCUGUUGUGAAAAGACCAAGAGGAAAAACACGUGCAUGUUUUUUGCUUUGAUCCUUAGUAUUUUCUCAUUUUAAACUGAAUUAUACUGUGUUUUGAAUAAUCAUUAGCCAACACUUCAGAUGCUUGCAGCAAAGCUUUACCAAAAUGACAAAACACACAAGUGCCAGAAUCAUAGAUUUAGUAUAUACCAAUGCAGUUUGUUAUUCCUGUGUCCACACCACUUUUGGAUUGUUUCCAGACCAAUGCCACGAACCAGCUGUUGACAUGGUUAUAGACGGGACAAACCACUGUACACACCUCAAACUUGGUGGUUUAGGGAGGAACAUGCUUAUAAAUGCCUUUAAGUCCCCUCAAAAAGAACCCACCCAACCACAUCCAAACACACAUCGGUCUCUCCACCUCUUAGUCAUUCUCAGUUAAAGCUGAAUUUGAGCAUUUUUGGUGAGCAAGACUUGAUAAAACAUCCCUGCAAAAGAUGCGGAGUUUGGAUCACCUUACUUGUUGCAGAUUAUUUAUUCUGUCAUGUUUUCGCGUCACAUGGCUUCACUAAGUCUUCCAGGAAGUUGAUUUUUGUAGGGUAUUAAUGGGAGCCGUUCACCUUUGGAUAAUGCACAAAAAUGUUAGGGGUGCAUUGUUCCGAAAAGAAAUAAAAUGUUUUAUUUUUAAAAAGAG